AUGUCCAAUUUCGAAGAUCCGACGAAAGUUAUUGAUAACAUGGACUUCCAGCCUAUUGUAUCGCAAAAUCAUCGUGAAAAUUUGUGAGUUUUUAGAGCAAGUUUUAGCGCAAAAUGUAAAAAUUUUUCUUUAGGUAUGCUAAAUUAGAAGAAACUAUUAAUAUAACUCGAAAUUGCAUAGAAGAGAUGAAUCGGGAGAGAGAUGAGCUGAAGCGACAAUUCGCCGAAAUUCGAGAGAUGAAUGCGGAAGCUGAUAAAUGUAUUAAAAUUCAGCGGGAACAAAUUCAAAUUACACAGGAAUCUUCUCAAGAUUUGACCAAGAAUUUAACACUAACUGAUGAUGAUAAGGAGAAUCAGAAUUAG